AUGAAGUUCUCCGCUAUCCUCUCCGCCGUCCUCGUUGCGGCCUUGGGUGUCACCAGCGUCACUGCUGCUGCUGCUGCUGCCGACAUCGCUGCCGACCCUGACAGUGCUUGUCGCUGCCCGAACAAUUGCUCUCACAAAUUCGGUGACUCGUGCAAGUUCUACGACAACGGGAACGUUAUUUCUGGCUCUUGUGUCAAUGGAAACGGCGGGCUCACUUGUGCUACUUAG